AUGCCAGUCUUUGCUAUUAGUGUUAACGGAGGAAAGCCAAUACGAAGGCUGGGAAAAAUUAGUGUGGGGGCUGUGGCGGAACACGCCGCCUUUGUUAUAAAAGAAACGGAGACCAACGUUGGACAGACAGUGUACACGAUCCUGUUGCUGGCUGUCAUCAUUGGCAUCGUUUCUGCGAAACCAGGAUACCUCGGUGGAUACGGUGGAUACGGAUAUUAUCCUUACAUUUACAGAUAUCCGUUCUAUGGAUACGGACACGGUUACGGGCAUUAUGGAUACGUGGCAGUGCUCUCCACACACCAUGCGCAAGCAUCGAGUGAGAAGAGCAAAAGAGCGAUAGCGAGCAAUGGAGGUUAUAUUUAUGAGCCACCGAAAACUUUACCACCGCGAACAACAUUGAAAACAACUAUACCACCGGUAACUCUACCGACAAAAACUACAAAAUAUCAAACAUAUGAUGGGAGAGUUACAUAUCCACCAGGAACAAUACGUACACCAAGUUAUACAAUUCAAACAAGGCCAACUAUAUCACCAUCAACAAUUCAAACAAAACCACCAAUAGAGAUUUCAACAGGAUAUAGUUAUCCAAGACCAAAUAAUGAAUUUACGCUGCCAUCUCAAACUCAACCGUUUUAUGACAGACCAAGUGGGCCAUUUACAACAGCAAGAACACCGGCGCCAUCACCAUUUUUCCCAUCAGAAAAGCCAACAUAUCCUUAUUUUUCACAAAGACCAACAGUUCCAUCAUUCAAACCAAAUGAUUAUGACUUUUAUCCACAAACAAGACCGAAAGUAACACCGCCAUCUAAAACGCCAGGUUAUGAUUAUCCAGUACCAUCAUCACCUUUUCCACCACCGAAAACUUCAACUCCCGUACCACCUUUCUCCCCAAGACCUCCCUCAACACCCAAAACACCAAGUUAUGAUUAUCCAACACCACCGUCACGUUUUCCAUCAUCACAGCCACCGACAACUCCCUCACCACCCAAAACACCAGGUUAUGAUUAUCCAAUACCACCAUCACCUUUUCCACCGUCACAGUCACCGAAAACUUCAACUCCCGUACCACCUUUCUCCCCAAGACCUCCCUCAACACCCAAAACACCAAGUUAUGAUUAUCCAACACCACCGUCACGUUUUCCAUCAUCACAGCCACCGACAACUCCCUCACCACCCAAAACACCAGGUUAUGAUUAUCCAACACCACCAUCACCUUUUCCAUCAUCACAAUCACCGAAAACUUCAACUCCUGUACCACCAUUCUCCCGAAGACCUCCCUCAACGCCCAAAACACCAGGUUAUGAUUAUCCAACAUCACCAUCACGUUUUCCACCACCACAGCCAUCGAAAACUCCGUCACCACCCAAAACACAAGGUUAUGAUUAUCCAGCACCACCAUUACCUUUUCCACCACCACAAUCUCCAGCUCCCGCACCACCUUUCCCCCCAAGACCACCCUCACCACCAAAAACACCAGGUUAUGACUAUCCAGGACUACCAUCACCUUAUCAACCACCACAAUCUCCAGCUCCCGCACCACCUUUCCCCCCAAGACUUCCCUCACCAUCCAAAACACCAGGUUAUGAUUAUCCAGGACUACCAUCACCUUAUCAACCACCACAAUCUCCAGCUCCCGCACCACCUUUCCCCCCAAGACCACCCUCACCACCAAAAACACCAGGUUAUGAUUAUCCAGGACUCCCGUCACCUUAUCAACCACCACAACCACCAAAACCUCCAAUUCCUGUAUCACCUUUUCCACCAAGACCUUCCUCACCACCCAAAACACCAGGUUAUGAUUAUCCAGGACCACCAACAUUAAGACCAUUACCAUCACAGCCACCUGGUUAUAAUUAUCCAUCUCCUCCGCGAACUCCAGCACCACCUCCCCCUUAUCCACCAUCGCAGCCACGACCACCUUCACCACACGUACCUCCUUCUCCUUCUCGGCCACCAAGUUUUCCACCUGAUAUAACAUCGGGAACACCACCGUUCCAGCAUAUCCCGCCAAAACCUUUACCAUCUUCUACAUCACCAAAAACUCCAUUUCCAUAUCCAUCAAAACCUCUUCCAUCUAGACCACCACAGUCACCUUCAUCACCUGGAUAUUUAUCGCCAACACCACCUGGACCACCACCAAUAACACGACCGCCCUUAUCUUAUCUACCUCCUUCAUCACCAACAAGUCGUCCACCACCAUCACCACCACCUUAUGUACCUCCUUCACCACCAACGAGUCGUCCACCACCACCAUCACCACCACCACCUUAUGUACCUCCUUCACCACCAACGAGUCGUCCACCACCACCACCACCACCUUAUGUACCUCCUUCACCACCAACGAGUCGUCCACCACCACCACCACCACCUUAUGUACCUCCUUCACCACCAACGAGUCGUCCACCACCACCACCACCACCUUAUGUACCUCCUUCACCACCAACGAGUCGUCCACCACCACCACCACCACCUUAUGUACCUCCUUCACCACCAACGAGUCGUCCACCACCACCACCACCACCUUAUGUACCUCCUUCACCACCAACGAGUCGUCCACCACCAUCACCACCACCUUAUAUACCUCCUUCACCACCAACGAGUCGUCCACCACCACCACCACCACCUUAUGUACCUCCUUCACCACCAACGAGUCGUCCACCACCACCACCACCACCACCUUAUGUACCUCCUUCACCACCAACGAGUCGUCCACCACCAUCACCACCCCCUUAUGUACCUCCUUCACCACCAACGAGUCGUCCACCAUCAUCACCGCAACCUCCAAUAACACGACCACCCCCAACUGGACCAACAUAUUUACCUCCUACACUAUCAACAAGUCGUCCACCAUCUUCGCAACCUCCAAUAACACAACCACCCCCAACUAGACCAACAUAUUUACCUCCUUCACCACCAACAAGUCGUCCACCAUCAUCGCAACCUCCAAUAACACGACCCCCAACUGGACCAACAUAUUUACCUCCUUCACCACCAACAAGUCGUCCACCAUCAUCGCAACCUCCAGUAACACGACCACCCGUAACUGAACCGACAUAUUUACCUCCUUCAUCACCUGUAACUCGUCCACCUGCGCCUCCAUCUUCACCUGUUACACGUCCACCUGCGCCUCCAUCUUCACCUGUUACACGUCCACCUUCACCUUCAUCUCCACCUGUUACACGUCCAACAUCUCCCUCCUCCUAUAUACCUCCCAUAAAUACAAAACCAUCGACCCAAGGCAAUACGUAUUUGCCUCCUGAUACUACUCAAAGAACUACUACUCCAAGAAUUCCAAUAACCACUCCAAUUUCAACGACGUAUACAUCUACACCUCCUUUCUAUCCAAGUACGCGACCUCCGCCAUACCUUCCACCUUCUACCCCAUCCACACCUCGCGACAUAAUAACAGCACCGAGUCCACCCUCCGUAAUGUACACCAGUGUGCCAACAUCGACGAUCUACAUUCCAUUGCCAACUGGCAAACCCGCUUCGCCACCUACUAUACCACCAACCACGAAGAGGCCCAUUGGCUACUUCUAUCCCGUGCCGGAGAAUCCAUUAGAGUUGCCGCCGUUCGAUGACGAGAGGCAAUUUAGUUGAACUGAUAAUUUCAUACUACUACUAUUUUUUUUUUUUUUUAAUUUUUAUAUGUAUAGUAUACAAAGCUAUUUAUGGAUCCGCAUAGGAGAUGAUACUGAAUCUGUAAUCGACAAUGGAAAAGAAACGAAAACGAUAGAGUGGACUGGAUCCUCAGUUGCUCGUAUCGUAUAUGCGUGUAAUCGUAAGAUAACGUAACAAUUCGAUCCAACUUGCGAGAAUAUAUAAUUUUCCAUUGAUCGACUAUUGAGAAAUUAUUGAUGACGACCUCCCGUCA